CAUGCGGAAAGAUAAAUGGUCACAAAAACGUUAAAUGCUUAUCUUGAGCGAGGCUGGACUGAAGCAGCCAUGGCAGCCUCAAGCUGCAAAUUUUAUGCCACUAGCUGCUUGUUCAUUUCUCGAAGCAUCAAAAUCAGCAGAAGCAAGCAUUGCAUCUCCUGUUCAGCACAACCCACACAAAGCAACAUAAAGGUUGUGAUAAAUGGAGCUGCAAAGGAAAUAGGAAGAGCAGCUAUUGUGGCAGUGACCAAAGCCAGGGGAAUGGAAGUGGCUGGAGCAGUGGAUACUUACCAUGUUGGAGAAGACAUUGGGAAGGUGAGCGACAUGGAAGAGCCUCUUGAGAUUCCAAUACUAAAUGACCUCACUAUGGUUUUAGGAUCAAUAUCUCAGUCCAAAGAUAAUGCGGUAGUCGUCGAUUUCACUGACCCCUCCUCAGUUUAUGACAACGUAAAGCAGGCAACAGCAUUUGGAAUGAGAAGUGUGGUGUACGUGCCUAGACUUAAAGUGGAUACAGUGGCUGCAUUAUCUACGUUCUGCGAGAAGGCCAGCAUGGGUGUCUUGGUUGCACCAACCCUAUCCAUAGGAUCAAUAUUACUUCAACAAGCUGCUAUCUCAGCCUCCUUCCAUUACAGCAAUGUCGAAAUAGUGGAAUCAAAGGCUACUGCAAAUGAUCUUCCCUCAGCAGAUGCAAUCCAAAUCGCCAACAAUCUCUCAAACCUUGGUCAAAUCUACAACAGAGAAGAUCUUUCAACAGACGUCUUGGCAAGGGGUCAAGUUCUUGGAGAAGAUGGAAUUCGCGUCCACAGCUUGGUCCUUCCUGGGCUUCCAUCCAGUGCAACAGUUCACUUCUCUGGUCCAGGAGAGAUCUAUACUCUCAAACAUGAAAUCACAAAUGUGCAGUCUCUCAUGCCAGGCCUCCUAUUAGCAAUUAGAAAGGUUGUUCGCCUUAAGAAUUUGGUAUAUGGCUUGGAGAAGUUUCUGUAAAAGUACUCAGAUCGUUUGGCUCCUUGUCAGAAACUUUACGGUUUCAAACUUAAUGGACGUCUGCAUCAACCUGGAAAUAAGCAUCACAGAUACAGAAUAAACAGGACCACCCAGUAUGCUUUCCGCGGGCCAAAAUGCUUAACCGUAUCAUUUAUUAGAUGAGCUACAAUUUUUCAUAGAUUAUUUCAAGUAUUUAAAGAGGAUUCAGACAUGAAAUCAUUCUCUUAGAGAUUUAA